ACCAAUUAAAAAUUAAUGUAACAUUCAAAACAUAUAUCAAAUUUCAGAAAAAUGGAGCCUUCUGAUCUUGUUAAGAUUGAAGAGGGGAGUGAACUUGAUCAGAUUUGGAACCGGUUUUUAGAGUUCGAGGAUUACACCUACGAUGAUGAGAAGACAACAUUUACAGGGUUUUUAACCGAAUGGCAAAACAGGUUGACCGGAGCUAUGGAGGCUGGUAUUUCUUACUCCGAAACCGUUCUCUCCUUGAAACUAGUUAAGAACUCCAGGAUAGACCGGGAGACAAGAUCCAACAUAUUCAACCAUCUUCAGUCAAAACCUAACUAUCUUCAGGAAAAUCUCCUUCUGUUCACGCUGAAUGCUUUGAAUGGGAUGAAGAAUGAGAAUUCUAAAUUUCUCGUCAAAUCUGAGAUGGAUGAUGUGAGCACACUGAAAGUACAAUUGGAUGAGAGUGUAGACAAUGAAGAGGAGGAUGAUAUAGAUAAGGAUGAAAAUUAUUUAAGCGGAGGGUUUGAUGAGCAUGAAACUAGAAAUCCCUUCAAGUGUUCUAUUUGUCCAAUGUCCUGUCCUAGGUUACAGGAGUUUAAGGCCCACGAGGUGGCGCAUGAAAUGCCGCGUAGGAAGUUUCCAUGCUCUCUUUGCUCAGCAUCUUACGAUACUCAAAAACUUUUAGAAAAACACCGAAUAGUUCAUAUGGACAGCAAGCUCAAAUGUGAAAUAUGUGCCAAAGAAUUUUUUGGAGACAGUUCUUUAAAAUAUCAUAUGAAAAAUGUGCAUAAAAAGAAUUUGAAAUGUGAACAUUGUCCCAAACUGUUUGACCGACAGUCAAAGCUUAUAAAGCAUAUGGAAACGCAUGUGAAGCGACAAAUAGCUCACGAAUCUAUGUUUCAAUGUGAUCAAUGCGGGAAAGAGAUUCAAGGAAAGAAGCGUCUGAGAAUACACAAGAGAACCCAUUUCUUGUUUCGAUGCCAACCCUGCAAUAAAAUAUUUAAAGAUCAGGAUUUACUGAAUCGACAUAUUCUAAACCAUCGAGAGUAUCCCUGUGAUCAAUGUGGGCAAGUAUACUACCAGAUGGCACUUUUGCAAAAACACAUGAAUACCAUCACCCACGGGGGUGAACGUAAAUUUGCUUGUGAUCAGUGUGGGAAAACAUUCAUGAAGAAAUAUAAUCUACAAACACAUCAGUUAACACAUACGGGAGAGAAGAAUUAUAGAUGUGAAUUUGAAGACUGUGGAAUGGCAUUCUACAAAAAGGAUGUCAUGACUCGACAUAUGCGGAUACAUACAGGCGAGAAACCAUAUCAAUGUGAUGUCUGUGAGAGACGGUUUACCCAGAGCGGAGAUAUGAAGAAACACAGAAGAACACAUGGCAUUGAAUACAGGAUGAAGAACUUUAAAAGAGUGAAGAUUCAUGUUAAAGAUAAUCCUCCUGGAACUGAUGAUGUGAUGUUGGACCAUUCAUCUACGCGAUCUCCGUCAAGGGAUCGGACUGAUGCGAUGGAAAGCAUUGAAAUCAAGGUUGAACAUAUCCAGCUGGAGACGGUUUGGAGGCUGUUUUGGGAGUUCGAGAAUCUCGAGUUCUCACAGAACAUCAUGCCCUUCACGCAGUUCAUCGUAGACUGGAAUCAGAGGCUGCAAAGAGUGGUUGAUGUCGGUAUCUGCUAUCCUGAUAUAGUUCUAGCGUUCAAGCUUCUGAAGCAGACCAAUUUACCCGCUGAGCGCAGAAGUUUGAUAAUUGCCGCGUUACAUUCUUAUCUUGAGGAAGAUAGAAGGAGAAGUUUACUGCAAGAAGCAAUAGGUCUGCUGGAUAAAAUCUAUGAAAACAAAGAAAGUAUAAAGAACGAAGCAGUAUUGGAGAAGGAGGAAAACGUUGCUCCCAAGAUGUUAGAGAAAACUGAAGUUGAUUUUGAGCCAGUGGAUGAACCUGUAGAAGCAUUUUACGAUAAUGAGAACGGGAUUUCUGAACAAAGUCGUUUUCAUCAUAGCUUUGAAAAUACUUACUUCAAGGAAGCAACAGAUAUAAAAGUUGAGAGCCAAGAUGUCACCAACAUACAUUUUACUGGCACUGAUCAAAAGAGAGAAUUGACGAGUGAAGAUGAGCGCUCUAAUCUUGGUCGAUGUCCAAACUGUGAUAAGGUUUUAUCCACCCCCUCCUCCCUACACAGACAUAUUCAAUCCUGCAGGAAGUGUUAUGAAUGUAAGAAGUGUGGAUUGAUAUGGAAUAACAAGAAAGAAUAUAUUCUGCACAGAAAACAACAUCGAGAUGAACUUGUCAGAUUAAGACGACGCACUAAAGACUUCCAUGUGGCGUUUACCCCGGAGGAACGUGAAGUGCUGGGCAAGUGUCCCAACUGUUCUAAACUACUGUGUUCUCCAACCCUUCUGAAGAAGCAUCUUGCUGUCUGCAAGUUGAACCUGAACUGUGAAGAGUGUAAAACAUUGUUCUCCAGCAAGUGGGAGUUAAACGAGCACAUGAAAAUCCACACAGCCAAGUGCAAGUUAUGUGAAGCAGAAUUCGAAACUCAGAAAUCCUUAAAAUCGCAUAUUUUUUUCGUGCAUAAAGAGAAAAUCUACGAAUGUGACGAGUGUAAAAAAAGUUUUCCCACUGAAAACAUGCUUCGGGCGCACAUGACUGUUCACAAGCCAAAGCCGAGUAAAACCAGCGUGUUCCAAUGUGAUCAGUGCGGACUAGAGUUUGUUGGAAAAAUAAAACUGCGAAUACACAAGAGAAUUCAUUACGAGUAUAAAUGUAAACCCUGCAACAGCAUCUUUAAAAACAAGGAGGGUAUGGACAAGCAUGUUAAUGAACAUCAAGAGCUUCCUUGUGAAAUAUGUGGACAAGUGUUUCUACAUGUCGGAGUCUUGAAAAGACAUAUGAACACCUUCUCACACACAGGAAUCAAAUCUUUCGCUUGUGAUAAGUGUGGAUCCAUGUUUGCAAAGAAGGUAGCACUGCAAAAACACCAGAGAAACACGCACGAAGGAGGUACAAGGAACCAUGAGUGUACUGAGUGUGAUAAAAAGUUUUACGAUAAAUUCAAACUAAAACAACACAUGAGGAUUCAUACUGGAGAGAAGCCCUAUGAAUGCGACAUCUGCCACAAGCGGUUCACACAAAGCGGAGACAGAACAAAGCAUAGGAGAAUUCAUGGAGUUCCAUAGAUGGUUUUAUGAAAUAUUUAUGUUUAGUAUGAAAUAUUUGUUCUAUUUCUUAUAUUUUUCUCUCUGCAGAGUAUUUCAGAGUCAUCUGCAACGGAACAAUAAAAAGCAAUUUUUUAGUGCAUUAA